AGUCCGGGGCCGUCUCGGUAAAGCGGCGGUGCGGGCGGCGGGGCCCCGCACCAUGGAGGGGCACCUGGCGCGCUGCAAGAUCGUGGUGGUGGGGGACACGCAGUGCGGCAAGACCGCGCUGCUGCACGUCUUCGCCAAGGACUGCUACCCCGAGAGCUACGUGCCCACCGUCUUCGAGAACUACACGGCCAGCUUUGAGAUCGACAAGCAGCGCACCGAGCUCAACAUGUGGGACACCUCAGGCUCAGCAUAUUAUGAUAAUGUCCGUCCCUUGGCCUACCCAGACUCGGACGCUGUGCUCAUCUGCUUUGACAUCAGCCGCCCAGAGACCCUGGACAGUGUGCUCAAGAAGUGGCAAGGAGAAACUCAGGAGUUCUGCCCCAAUGCAAAGAUUGUGCUGGUUGGCUGCAAGCUGGACAUGCGGACAGACUUGAACACACUCCGGGAGCUUUCCAAGCAGCGCCUCAUCCCUGUGACGCAUGAGCAGGGCAGCGCGCUGGCACGGCAGAUUGGGGCAGUGGCCUAUGCAGAGUGCUCCUCCAAGGUCUCAGAGAACAGCGUACGGGAUGUGUUUCAUGUGACCACGCUUGCCUCAGUCAACAGGGUCCACAAGAACUUGAAGCGCAGCAACUCCAAACGGGGACUGAAGCGGGCAUCACAGAUGCCUGGCAGGACAGACUUACUGAGUGACACAGAGAUCAGGAAAGACCGAGCCAAGAGCUGCUCCAUCAUGUGAAAAACAGGCUGUAAAUAAUGUGUGUGUUGUCCAUUUUGUACAGUAACUGGCUGAGACAAGGGCAUGGUGCUGGCUGCAGGAGCCAGCCCACCUUUCCAAAGCCUUUCUCUCAGUCUCUAUGGCUGAGCAAAGGUCCCAGCUGCAAAUCGGGGUGCAUGAGUUGCCCCCCACCAUGGAGACUUCUGGGUUGGCUGCUGCUGUGCAAAUUGCUUGGGGUGAAGGAACCACUUGGCAGAGGAGUAUUCAGGUGCUGGAAUGUCUGUGACUGGGUGAAACACAGUAAAAGGGAGUGAUCCUGUGUGUGUUCCACCCUCCUGUACCCAUUGCCCAGCCUCUGCACCUGUGUGCAGCUAUACAGCACACAGCAUAGGGUGGUGGGCUCUGUGGGAUCUGGGCUGGAGGGUGGGAGGUGGGUGGGAUUGCUAGCAGCAUAGUGUGAUCAGCAGAAGGAAGUCCAAUGUUCCUUUAGGAGAGAAAUUAUGUUUGAGGUGGUGCUGCUUUCAGCUGGGCUGGACAGCAAGUUGCCAUGGAAAGUGCAGUUCUGGGCCAGAGUUGGGAGGGAAAGCACCUUGGGAAAGAACCUUAACCUGAUGAGACACCACAGUAGUGCACCUCCUGUAAAGAAAAUAGAUAGGUGGCUCUUUGCACAGUAUUUUAGAUACUCUAACUCCAUUUGAAAUGCAGCAGAGUGGAUCUGGCUCCAAGGAAGAGGUCUAUCCCAGUAAAUGCAUCCCGAGAGUUGUGGUUCUCUUCAGGAAGCAAAUGUCACUUGAGAGCUUGUGUCCCAGCUUCUGACAGCCCGGUUAUUCAUCAGGCUGCUGCCUGCCACAGGUAGCAGCACUUCCUAGGCACAUAGCUUCCAAAACAGCAGACUGCAGUAACUGUCCCUAUCCUGCUCUCCACCCAUUUCCAGCUGCAGAUUGUGUUGCAUGGUGCUGUGUUUGUCUGGUACAGAUGACCAAAAAGAUUAUAUGCAUAUCUGAACUCUGUCUCCACUGGGGCAGUGGGAGGGAAGGUGCCCUCUGUCCCUCUUGCUCUGCUGUACAGCCUCCUCCCAACACCUCUCAUUGCUUCUGCUGCUGCCCUCUCUAAAUGCCUUUGACUACAGUGUUAGCCUUGACUUAAUGUCACAUAGACACUUUAAGGAAAAAAGAAUCUGCUCCAUUGCCACACCCAGCUGUGUCAGUGGGCUACAGAAAACAAAUAAACAUCGUUGGAAAAUG